ACGGAUGUCACCUAUGAGCUCCAACUGACCGGUAACCCAGAGCAGUCUUCUCCCCUCCACUGACUGACCGUAAGGAACACGACCACUCUUGUAAAGCGCCACAAUGUCUGAGGAAAAAAGAGCAACUGACCAGGACGCCGAGGAGGAUUUCGAUGAGUUUGACGAUGUACUAUCCCAGUUCAACACAGCAAACAAAACAUCGCCGACAGUCUCACCACUAACGUCGCCCCCACCUCCACCGCCUACAGCAACGACAUCAUUUUCCGGAAGGCCACGCACAAACACGCUCGUGGAUCUCCCACCAAAGUCCAUCCCAGGGUCAACAAAGACCGCACUCAGUUCGAUGGCGGAAGACGUCGAUGAGGACGAGCUCACGGCGGAAUUUACGCGCGAACUCGCAAAGGGGAUGGAGAAUCUAAUGAAGGAACUCCAAGCGGAAGCAGGCCAUUCCGAGUCUCAGGGAGACACGGAAGAAGAGCGGACCCGAUUGUUGAAGGCCGCAUGGGAAGCUAUGCUGGUCGAAGGCAUGAAUGGCGAGGGGGGUGAAGAUAUUAAGCAGAUGAUGGGCCCGGACUAUAAACCCAAGGACGCAGGCAGUGGUAGUGACUUUCAGUCCAAGAUCAAGCAGACGAUGAACAAGCUGAAGCAGAGCGAGUCGGAUUUGAAGGCUGAUGGUUCCACAUCGACUUCAGAUCCGGACCUGGCCAGCAUAGAGGCUUUACUGAAGGAUUUGGGAAUGGGAGAGAACGGCGGGCUCGACGCGAGCGAGGAGUCUAUUGAUGGGUUUCUUGAAAAGAUGAUGGGCCAGCUGAUGAGCAAAGAGGUGCUCUAUGAGCCUUUAAAGGAGCUGAACGAUAAAUUCCCCGGUUUCCUUGAAAACUCCCCUGCAGAUCUGACAUCCGAAGACAAGCAGCGAUACCAGACUCAGAUGGCUUGUGUGCAGAAAAUCGUAGCGGCGUUCGAGGCUCCCGAGUAUGACGAUAAGAAUGCAGCUGAUAUGAAGAAGAUUGUGGAUCUCAUGAGCGAGAUGCAAUCGUAUGGCGCUCCGCCAGAGAGCAUCAUGGGCCCGCUUCCUCCAGGACUUGGAUUCGGCCCUGAUGGUUUGCCGCAGAUGGGAGAAGGGUGUGUGGUAAUGUAAACGAAAACAAAUGUAUUGUGUAUCAUGUAUGUUUGUGUGCAUCAGUGAAUAAACUAGGGA